AUGAACUCAACAACUUCCACCAUUCCAAAAAAUAUCAUCAUCCUCGGUGCCGGAAUUUCAGGUCUCCAAACUGCUCUUUCUCUAUUGACUUCAGAAACUCCCUCUCCAAAACCAAAAAUAACAAUCAUAGCCAAACAUUUCCCAGGAGAAAAAAAUCCAAAUUAUUGUUCUCCAUGGGCAGGAGCAGAUUGGAGAAGUCAUGCUUCGAGAAAUGAAGAGGAUAGGAGACUGAGAGGAUGGGAGGAAAUUACUUAUAAGAGGUGGAAUGAGAUGGAACUGCAUAAUUACCCAAAAGGUAUCUUAGGAGAAGGGAUUAGAAAAAGUGUUUAUUUCAACACCGUAUGCGUGGAUGUAGAUAAAUAUCUCUCAUAUCUACUCCUUCGCAUCAAAACACUAGGCGGGCUAACCAUCGGGUCGGAAAUCAACACGAAUGAUGGAUUAGAGGGUGUGAUUCGUUCUUGUAAAGGUCUUGCUAAGGAGAAUGGGAUAGGGGGUGAAGUGGAUAUAUUUAUAAAUUGUACGGGGCUUGCAGCGGGGAAGUUUGUAGGAGGGGAUGAGGGGGAGAAAUUGUUUCCGGUUAGAGGUCAGGUAUUGAUGUUGAGGGGGGAGACGAGGGUUUGUAAGACUUUGGUGGGGGAUUUGGGGGAGAAAGGGGAUGAGUUGCUUUAUGUUAUUCCGAGGCCAGGGAGUGGGAGGAGUGUGGUUGGGGGGUGUAAACAGGCAAAUAACUGGGACUCUAACCCCGACUCACAAUUAACGGGAAGAAUUCUUCAAAGAUUGAAAGAUAUUGGAUGGGCUGAUGAUUUUAUGGAUGAGAAUGGUCAUAUAGAGGUUUUGGAUACGUAUGUAGGUUUUAGACCUGGGAGGAGGGGUGGUGCGAGGGUGGAGGUUGAGGUUGAGGUUGAGGUUGAUGGUGAAAAAGAGGGGGAUGUGAUAGGAAAGAGAGGAAAUGCAAAAGCAAAAGUAAAGAAAAUAGAUGGGGUUUAUAUACUUCAUAAUUAUGGUCAUGCGAGUGGAGGGUAUCAGUGUAGUAUUGGGUGUGCGGAGGAAAUUGUGAGGUUGAUUGCGGGGUUGGAGUUGGAGUGA